GCGGAAGCAAUGCCCUCUUUCUUUCACGCAGUCCGUAAAGCGUUGUGUCACCUUGUCUUUAAACCAGUUGUUUGGCAAUCCUUGGAAGCACUGCAAAGAUGCCCAGGGAAGACAGGGCUACGUGGAAGUCCAACUAUUUUAUGAAAAUCAUUCAACUUCUGGAUGACUUCCCCAAGUGUUUCAUCGUGGGUGCUGACAAUGUUGGGUCUAAGCAGAUGCAGACCAUCCGUGUUUCUCUGCGUGGGAAGGCUGUUGUCUUGAUGGGCAAGAACACCAUGAUGCGCAAAGCCAUUCGAGGACAUCUGGAAAACAACCCUUCCCUAGAAAAGUUGCUCCCUCACAUCAGAGGGAAUGUUGGUUUUGUUUUCACCAAAGAGGAUUUGGCAGAGGUCCGCGACUUGCUGUUGGCUAACAAGGUGCCAGCAGCAGCUCGUGCUGGGGCUAUUGCUCCUUGUGAUGUUACUGUGCCAGCCCAGAACACUGGUUUGGGCCCUGAGAAGACCUCAUUCUUCCAGGCUUUGGGUAUCACUACCAAGAUCUCCAGAGGUACCAUUGAAAUUCUAAGUGAUGUUCAGCUGAUCAAGACCGGAGACAAGGUUGGAGCCAGCGAAGCUACUCUGCUCAACAUGUUGAACAUCUCCCCUUUCUCCUAUGGCUUGAUCAUUAGGCAGGUCUAUGACAAUGGUAGUGUGUACAGUCCUGAAGUACUGGACAUCACAGAGGACAGUCUUCAUCAGCGAUUUAUUGAGGGUGUAAGGAACAUUGCCAGUGUUUGCCUGCAGAUUGGCUACCCCACUGUAGCCUCCAUCCCCCAUUCAAUUGUUAAUGGAUACAAGAUGGUCCUGGCAGUUGCAGUGGAAACGGACUACUCCUUCCCAUUGGCUGAUAAGGUCAAGGCUUUCUUGGCUGAUCCUUCUGCAUUUGCAGUGGCUGCACCUGCUGCGGUUGAGACAGCUGCUGCUGCCACCACUCCAGCUCAAGCUAAAGAAGAGGCAAAGGAUGACUCUGAGGAAUCAGACGAUGACAUGGGCUUUGGCCUCUUUGAUUAAGCCAUGUCUUUCAUCUUCUCUGAUGUAAUAAAUAUCAAAAUAAAAAAUUUUAUUGAAAAAUCUUUUCCACA